AAAAGUUGUAAGUUGAAAUCCUUUCAGCUAAUGGGCAUGGGGUAUAAACCCAAAGUGGAACAUUUAUUAUGGUGGUAAUUGCAAUAAUAUUUUUCGAGUGAAUUCCCAAUUAGUCUCGUUAGAGCCUUGGCAGUGCACAGAUCAAAUUGUUAUAGCUAUGUUAACUGUUAAUCGACUUGUGUUAAUUUUUCAUUUUGCACUCAUUACUGGUUACCCAUCGCUUUACUGGAAUCUACAGCAGCAAGCAAAUGAGCCGGAUCUAAGUGAAAUUAUAAAUAACAUUAAUUUAGAGCGAAAAAUUUACGCAUUCCUCAUUGUGAACGCCUAUAAUACCAGUCAGAGUUGCCUUGGCGAUGAGACCAUCAAAACGUUAAGUACUAAUAAUACCGUUAAAUUAUUGCAAGCACAUAGCCAUUGUUCGUACUCCUUCGAACAUGUAAAUGACGAAAAUCUUUUAAUCCGCUGUCUGCCGGAGAGUUUCUCAAUCGAAUUGUUGGACACAAUGGUCAGCUGCCUUGGUAAUAGACGCAAUACGCGCAUACUUUUUAUUUGGAAUGAUGAGUACACCAGCGCAUCAAGCCAGAAGCUCGUAGAUCUACAAAAAUACCAACAACUUCUCUUUCAAUAUUGCGCUAAAAUUCGUCUACUGAAUGUAAUCGCCAUUUACCGGGACUACUUGACUGACGGACACUUCUACACAUUCAGCUAUUUUCCGGAGUUUCAUCUUGAGCGGAAGCCACUGGAUGAGGAUUGCUUCCCGAACCGAGUAAAGGACUUGAAAGGCAUUGCCAUUCGGACUGUGCCCGAUCAGCUGGAGCCCUGGAGUCUUGUUUGGCGUGAUGGUUAUGGUAAUGUAAAUGUCGGUGGGUUUUUGACUAAAAUUGUGCGGGAAUUCGCUAGACGGAGUAAUGGCACAGUUAGCUACCCUAUGUCAGUCACGCCAGAAAAUGUUCCCACCAUGCCAGAGCUAAGGUUUCUAUUGCAAAAUGAUUCAAUUGAUAUUGUAGCUGGUACGGGCACGAUUAAUGAAGCCAGCACAGAUGUAACGGGCGUAAUUUUCCCAAUAGAUUGGAUAAUUAUGCUACCCCUGCCCGCACAGAUACCUGAUAGCGAAAUAUUUUUGAUGCUUCUCAAUUCAUCAUUGGGCUUGUUCCUGUUCAUCCUACUCUUUGUGUUUUCUUUCGUACUCACCUUAGAGGCUUUAAUUUUGCGACGCCGUGCCCCAGCCGAAAGUUGUCUCUUCUUCUUUUGGAUAAUGACUAAUGUGGUGCUCCGAAGUGUUAUAGGCCAGCCCUCGUGUGCAAAAGUCCGUGUUUCAGCGAAAUUAAUAAAGCGUUUCUUGUACAUGACCCUCUUCUUAAGCGGGAUUUUCAUGAGCACAUUGAUAUCUGCAGGCCUACAGUCGUAUCUGACUAGCCCCGUUCGGUAUCCCCGAAUCAGCACUUUUAAAGAACUCAUGAAGUCGGGCAUAACUGUCAAAGUAAGCCAGGCGGGUUACAAUUCUCUUGAUAAAUAUAUGAGUGGUCAAUUUCUGAACAGAAUGAAAACAAUUUUCAUUUCCUCAACCUCGAUGGAGAAACUGCAACGGCAGCGCACUUAUUUCGACACCCGUUAUGGUUACACAAUGUUCAGUAAUCUGUGGGCGAUCUUGGCGAGAUAUCAAACGUAUUUGCCACAACCACUUUUCUACGUGAGCAAAAAAAUGUAUAUAACUAAAGGAAUGCCGGUAGUUUUACCCUUGCAGAAACACUCAAUUUUCAAAGAAGCUUUCAAUACGAUGAUAAAUCAAUUACAUUGCUUCGGACUAACUGACCUUUGGAAAAGACAGGUGUAUGAAGAAAUGAUAGCGGCGAAGAAAUUGAAUGCCACCUAUCACAAGGGGGAUGUGCGUAGUGAAGAAUUGGAUUUGGAGGACUUUUACUGGUUGUGGUGGCUCUAUGGUAUCGGAAUGGGCAUGUCUACCCUGGUAUUUUUUGCCGAGCUUUGGUAUUCCAAAAAAACAACCCAAAAGACGAAAGUGGAACAGAAGGUGCCGAGGAGAAGAGCGGUAAAGCGGCGGGCGAAAAGAGUGAAUGCAGUUUAA